AUGGAAGAGAAGUUUAAAGUGGGAUUCAGUAAAAUUCGCCGAAAAAGUACCAGCCAUACGAGCUCAUCGCGAAGUUCCUCGUCGUCAUCAUGCAGCGAUAAUUCAUUUGCUGUGACGGAGGAGUGCUUGCACCACGACGUGGAUACCGCUCAGAUCAUUGAUAUGGCUGAAAUUGCCAAAAAACGCCGGCAGGGAAGAAGCAAAUCAGUGGACUUCAUCCGGAAGAUCCAUUGCCCGUCAACAGAUGGCACCAUUGACUUUACCUUCAAAACUAAAUUGGAUGCUCGAAGCUUCCAAGACCUGCCAACUACGACUUUAUGUUCAACGGAACUUUAA